UUAGAUCCAAUAGAGAACAUGAGGCAAAACAAGAUAACGAUUUUCGGUCUGGCCCUGCUGCUUUGCUUGGGGCUUGCACACUCACAUGGUUUUGGUGGAAAAUUCGGAGGAGGUUACGCCCCUGUCUACAACAAUUUUGUCCCAUAUCCAGUUGCCCAACCGAUCCCAGUGGCCCAGCCUGUUCCUGUUCCAGUGGCUGUUCCUCAACCAAUUCCAGUCCCAGUCCCGCAACCAGUAGCUAUUCCCAUCAAACACGGAUGGAAGGGCGGUCUAGGUCUAGGUGGAUUUGGCGGAGGUUAUGGCGGCGGUUUCGGAGGCUAUCAGAACUUUGCCUCUGCCUCCUCAUUUAGCUCUGCCAGUUCAUUUGGCGGUGGCUAUGGCGGCUUAGGCGGUGGCAUCUUUAGAAGGCGAUAGGAAUUUGUUAUAUGUUUAUUAAACAAAUAUUUAAGAUUGUUAC